CAAGGAACAUUCAACAUUGUAAAUUAAUAAAUGAAAUUUAAAUUUCGGAGAGAGGGCAGAAAUGUUUAGUGAAUUUCAAUAAUUAUAAUAUGUAGUCUUUUAUUAUAUUGUAUUUGUGAUGCGAUCAGAAUAGUUUACAUUAUUUAAAAUGCAUGAAUAGUUCCGUGGUGUAAGAUGAUAACAAAGAUGAAUUUUGGUAUCGAAAAUGUAAAUUUAUAAAAAUAAAAUGGCUCUAAACCUAGAUAGGUCCAAUUCAGGAAGAAAUCUCGGCGUCCGGGUGUCGGGUGAUCUAGGAGAUCUUCAAGUAACCGACGCUACGAGUGACUGUGAUGAUAAAAUUAGUGAUAAUGAAAAAGUUUCAAGGACUGUUAACACUGUUAACGCCAUAUCGAAUCUUCCUCCCAAUUUGAUGCAUAACACGGCUAUACCGUCUUUUGGCCGAGUUGCAAUAACAAACUCUGAGAAUGUACAAUUUGGCAACAACACCUAUUUCAAUGGACCUGUGACAAUCAAGCAAAUUGUUCAGAGUAAAUCUGGUGUAGAUAAUUCUUCGUACACGAGAAGUGACGAUGAGAACAUUUCAGGAGGUGACCAUUCUACUCGUGGAAAGGUUCAGGAGAGCUUGGACAAGAAAGAACAAAUCUUAGUUUGGCACAAAAUAACGUUUUCCGCAGUGUGCAUCAUAGUUAUAGGAAGUAUAAUUGCUGUAGUGCUUGUGUUGCAAAAUAAGAAUGAGCCACAACAACAGUCCACCAAUGGUUUCACACAGCCAGACUUUACCACAUUGGACCCCUCUGCUGAUACUCCGGUGGUGGGAUUCUGUUAUGAAAGUUUUCAAGUCAUUAUUCUAUCGAUUGUCGUGUUGCCAUUAGCGUUUGUGUUAAUUUUUUAUUCAUUACUAACAAAGGAAUCCAUCGGUAAUAAUGCUAUAAGGAAGCACACGGUUCAUGAGAAUUGCAUGGAUAAAUACUGCAUGCAAUGCAACGCCGAAGGGGAUCCCUUACUAAUUGCCCCGGACCAUUUGAGAAUAGUGUCCCGGACAGAUUGGUUGGCACAACCCGUUGAGGGAGAACUGGACAAACUGGUUCAACCAGUCCCUUGGGUUAUCAUUACACACACGGCCACGGAGAACUGCCAUACGCAGAGUCAAUGCGUUCUCCGAGUGCGGUUAAUACAGACAUUUCACAUCGAAUCAAAAGGAUGGUAUGACAUCGGAUACAACUUUCUGAUCGGAGGCGACGGCUCCGUCUACUUCGGUCGAGGCUGGGACUAUCAGGGUGCUCAUACUAAGGGAUACAACAAGUACAGUAUAGGCAUAGCCUUCAUAGGCACAUUCAACAACGACCCUCCACCGAAACAGCAAGUCGAGGCUUGUCAGAAAAUUAUCAGACAGGGUGUUCAACUGGGCAAGUUACGAAAGGACUACAAACUCUUUGUUCACAGACAGUUGAUGUCCACUUUAAGUCCUGGCGAUAAAGUUAUCGAUAUUGUCAAAGAGUGGCCGCAUUACGUAAGCAAUUUCACUGAUAUUGAAUCUUUGAUACCUAAGAUAUCUUGAAGCGUUCCCUAUCAAAGCUGCUCCAAAGAAAUUAUUACAUUCCAGCAUCUUCCGCGCUAUUUGUAUCUUUAUAAAUAGAGUAGAUAAGCACGCUAUGCUUUAUUUCUGGCAUUUUCCAUGCAUCCAGCUAUAGUCUAGCAACAGUAUAGAAGAUAUAUUAUAACUCGAUGCUAUUUGUUGAAAGGAUAUAGAACAGUAUUGAUGCGUGCGCAGCACUAUACUUUACCCUUGGAGAAAAGUUACGAAUAGUGUAGGACUGUCAAAAAAGUACUCCUCUGUACUAUUAUAUCCAAUGAAAAAAGUUUGUAAGGAAAACAUAGCUCGUUUGUGAUUGAUUAGUCAAUGACGUUUUGUCUUUGUCAUUUGUA